AUGAACACAUCCUCCCAUUUGAAUACCAACACCGACACAACUGCCAUUCUCUCUGUUGCCGCCGGUGCGAAGACCGGCCGCAAAGGAAGAUUCUCGCUUAUGGCCGCCGCGCAAACGAACUCUACUCCGGCGGUUGUCUUCACGGCCCUCGCCGGCGUCGCUAUUGUCGCUGUCAUUUUCUACGGUGCCAGUAGGAAAAGAAAACAUGCCCUUUCACCUCAGCAAUGGAAAAUGUUGUUUACAGAAGAUGGUAGACUGCGUGAUGGUGGAAUUAAGCUCCUGAAAAGAGUGCGCAGUGGAGGUGUUGGUCCCAGAAUAAGAGCUGAAGUCUGGCCAUUCCUACUUGGAGUGUAUAACUUUAACAGCACAAAGGGUGAAAGAGAUGCUUUGAGAACUCAAAAUAGAAAAGAAUAUGAAAAACUCCGUCGACAAUGCAGGAAACUUGUAAAAGCAAGUAAUGAAACCCGUAAGUUAAAUGAAAUUGGUGAAAUUAGCUAUGAAGGAGGUGAUGGAAGUCUUGUUCAAGAUUCUGGUUCUUCUAGUUCUGAUGAUGCAGCCAGUGCCAGGGAGUUUCUCUCUAGUCAGGACAGGAGUCCAGACGCUGAAUCUUCGGAUUAUCCAUUCAUUGUCUCAUUGGAAGGAGAUGAUUAUGUUAAUGUCAACAAGGCUGAUGCAUCUUUACUGGAUUCAGAUUUUUCCGAAUCUCCUGAAGUAAUUCAAACAGUUCCUCCGGAUGAUGAUCAGGAAGAUAACAACCCUAUGAAAACUACCAAGGAUUCCGCAGAUGGUCCAGAAGUAAUUCAAACAACUCCUCCCGAUGAUGUUCAGGAAGACAACAACCCCAUGAAAACUACCACGGAUUCAGCUGAAGGCCCUGAAGUAAUUCAAACAGCUCCUCCUGGUGAUGUUCAGGAAGACAACAACCCCAUGAAAAUCACCAAGGAUUCAGCUGAAGGUCCUGAAGUAAUUCAAACAGCUCCUCCUGAUGAUGUUCAGGAAGAUAACAACCCUGUGAAAGCUACCAAAGAAGUCUCUUCUCUCUCGCAAGAAAAAGUUCCAUUGAAGCCACCAACUAAUGAAGACUUCUCCACCUGGCAACGGAUUAUCCGACUUGAUGCAUUACGUGCUAAUGCAGACUGGAUGUCACACUAUCCCUCUCAAGCGGCCGUAUCAGACAGUGUGGCACGUCGUACUGCUGAAGCUGUUGGCUUGGAGGAUUAUGGCCACCUAGAGGCAGGCAGGAUCUUCCAUGCUGCCCGACUAGUUGCUAUUCUUGAAGCAUAUGCACUAUAUGACCCUGAAAUUGGCUACUGCCAAGGUAUGAGUGACCUGCUAUCUCCUAUAGUUAGUAUUAUAUCAGAGGAUCACGAGGCUUUCUGGUGUUUCGUUGGAUUCAUGAAGAAGGCACGGCAAAAUUUUAGGCUGGAUGAGGUGGGUAUAAGGAGGCAACUAGAGUUAGUUGCCAAAAUAAUCAAGUAUAAAGAUGCCCAUCUAUUUAAGCAUUUGGAGAAGCUUCAGGCUGAAGAUUGCUUCUUUGUGUAUAGGAUGGUGGUGGUACUGUUUCGAAGGGAAUUGACAUUUGAACAGACUAUUUGCCUUUGGGAAGUAAUGUGGGCAGAUCAAGCUGCAGUCAGGGCAGGUAUUGGGAUUUCUACAUGGAACAAAGUUAGAAAGCGUGCACCACCGACCGAUGAUCUGUUGCUUUAUGCAAUAGCAGCUUCGGUAUUGCAGAGGAGGAAGUUGAUCAUUGAAAAGUAUAGCAGCAUGGAUGAGAUCAUUAGGGAAUGCAAUAGCAUGUCAGGACAGCUUGAUGUUUUGAAAUUGCUAGAUGAUGCACAUAACUUAGUGAUCACCCUUCAUGAUAAAAUACAGACAUGA